AUGAUUAAGAGAAUUGGGGCAUCCACAACGUUUGUGGAAAUUGCUCUUUCAAGUGACAUACAAUUAGACAUAAUCAGUCUUGCGGCAAUUAAAAGUGGAGGAGGUCCAAGCCCAGGAGGAAAGGGACAUGAGUUUCCAGGUGGUAAGUCUUUAGGAAAUAACAAGAACUCAGGGCCUAGUCCUGUAGGGAAGGGACAUGAAUUUACCAACGAUAAGAUUUUUAGCAAUAUCAAAAACUCUGGUCCAAGUCCAGGUGGUAAAGGACACGGAUUUCGUUAUGCUGAAAGUUUUGGAAACAUCAAGAACUCGGGUCCAAGUUCUGGGGGGAAGGGGCAUGAAUUUACUACUGUUAAAAUCCAUUCUAAGAUAAAGAUUACCGGACGAAGAGGAGGAGAAAAGGGCCAUGACUUCCCUAGCAGUGUUGAAACUCUUGGGAAUAUCUUGAACUCUGGCCCACGAUGGGGUGGCAAAGUAGAUACGGUUGUUGAUGUUGGGGCACUGCAAGGUAGGUCAGUUGACGGGCUGCACUGCAGAGCAUCUGUUGUUUCCGAUUUGGGGGUCUUUCGGAGACGACGAACCAUGAUGAUACUCUGCUCUUCCUUCUACAUUUCUUCCGGUAGAAGGUUUCGGAAGGAAGCUCUUACAAGUUUAUGUUGGUUGAAUGGGCUCAAAAUGAACAGUCCCUAUUAUAAGAGCUACUUACAAGAGCUAUUAUAUGUUGUUGGAGCGGAAAUGGAGCAAAAAUCCCGAGAAAACAGAGUUGAACUGCAAAUAUGA